UCUACCCAGCCCAGAGUGAGACUCGCGGCAUGGGUGUACGUUGACUUGGGCUUCGGCAGGAGCUGAGGAUGCAGGGCCAUGAAGCGCGGCUUUCCGAGAAGCGACGCCGCGGCGGCGCGCCGGGACACCGGGGAGAAGGUGUUUUCCGGCGUCGUCCGCUCCAUCGACCUGGAGAGGCACAGCGCACUCAUCGACUGCCCAGCUGUGGCGCGACAGUCUGGCAAGGCGGUGGUCGCGGGCCUGCCGCUGCUGCGGGACACCUUGGCAGGGCCCGGUGACACUGUGGCUUUCUUCAUCGAUUGGGUCAAAGGCACCCAGGCCAGCGCGCCGAUGCUGCGCCUCAGCAGCCAGGACGGAAUGGCGCUGAUGGGCAAGUUCCGGACCGGCACUGUGGGCUACGGCUUCGUGGCCUGUGAGGAGGUCAAGGACUUCUUCGGGCGUGACCCUUAUGUCAAGCCGGACCUUGCCGACACCUUCACCACAGGUCAGACGGUGUGCUUCAACGUCACCAUCAAUGCGCAGGGCGUGCCGACGGUGAGUGAGAUGGCGGAGUGCCAGCCCGACUGGCAGCCCAUGCCCUCGGAGAUCCUCGGCGAGGUGGAUGAAGCGCUUGAUGCAGAGCCGCUCCCCCCGCGGCUUGCCACGCCGGCCAGCAGAGUCAUCCCUCCACGCCCUCGGCCCACUCCAUCGGCGUCCAAGAGCGGCCUCGCCGCUGCCGUCGCCGCCUUUGCCGCCGCCGCCCCUACCUUGGCGCCUAGGCCGCGCGCUGCGCCCGCCGCGGAUGCCGCGGACGCCGUGGCCCCGUGUGCGGGCAACUGGCAGUGGGGUAACAGCGGCCAGCCCGAGCCGCAGAGCGAAGGCCAGGCUCAGCAGGAGCCACAGGACGAGUCGCAAGCCGAAUGGCAGGGUGGCCAGAGCGCAUGGAACAACCAUGGCGCAUGGAACUCCGAAGGUGGCCAGGGCAUGUGGAAGGAUGAGCCGGGCGACCAGACUAUGUGGAAUUCUCAGGGUGCUCAAAGCGAAGCUGCUCACCCAGAACCGCAAGAACCGGGGUACCAAGCGCUGCAUGCAACGCCACAGGCGGCUAGCGCUCGGCCCGCACCAUCCCACAGCGGCCUCGCCACCGCCGCCCUUGCCGCCCUUGCCGCCGCUGCUGCCACCGCCCCUGCUGUGGCACCGCCGCACACCGCGCCCGCCGCGGACGCCGCGGACGCCGUGGCCCCGUCUGCGGGCAACUGGCAUUGGGGUAACAGCAACCAGCCCGAGCCACAGAGCGAAGGCCAGGCUCAGCAGGAGCCACAGGACGAGUCGCAAGCCCAAUGGCAGGGUGGCCAGAGCGCAUGGAACAACAAUGGCGCAUGGAACUCCGAAGGUGGCCAGGGCAUGUGGAAGGAUGAGCCGGGCGACCAGACUAUGUGGAAUUCUCAGGGCGACCAGAGUGAAGGUUUUCACGCAGAGCCGCAAGCACUGGGGUACCAAGCGCUGCAUGCAACGCCACAGGCGGAUAGCGCUCGGCCCGCACCAUCCCACAGCGGCCUCGCCACCGCCGCCCUUGCCGCCCUUGCCGCCGCUGCCGCCGCCGCCCCUGCUGUGGCACCGCCGCACACCGCACCUGCUGCGGACGCCGCGGACGCCGUGGCCCCGUCUGCGGGCAACUGGCAUUGGGGUAACAGCAACCAGCCCGAGCCACAGAGCGAAGGCCAGGCUCAGCAGGAGCCACAGGACGAGUCGCAAGCCGAAUGGCAGGGUGGCCAGAGCGCAUGGAACAACAAUGGCGCAUGGAACUCCAAAGGUGGCCAGGGCAUGUGGAAGGACGAACAGGGCGACCAGACUAUGUGGAAUUCUCAGGGUGCUCAAAGUGAAGUUUUUCACCCAGAGCCGCAAGCACUGGGGUACCAAGCGUCGGUUGCAAAGCCACGGGCGACUGGCAGGGUCGUCCCUCCACGCCCUCGACCAGUGCCUGCUCAGUCAGAGUCGCAGGGCGCCGCGCAGGGCGAUCAGGGUGAACAGAGCUCGUGGAAUGCCAAUUGCCAGCAGGGCAAUCACAUUGACCAGAGCAUGUGGAACGCCACGGGAAAGCAGGGCGACCACAUCGACCAGAGCAUGUGGAACACCACGGGCCAGCAGGGCGACCAGAGCGACCAGAGCAUGUGCAACGCCACGGGCCAGCAGGGCGACCAGAGCAACCAGAGCAUGUACAACGCCACGGGCCAGCAAGGCGAGCAGAGCAUGUGGAUCCCUCAGGGCGAGCAGGACGACCCGAGCUCGAGGAAUGCCAAGGGCCAGCAGGGUGCUCAGGACGACCAGAGCAUGUGGGGCGCCGCAGGCCAGCAGGGCGACCAGAGCGACCAACGCAUGUGGAACGCCACGGGCCAGCAGGGUGACCAGAGCAAGUGGAACGCCACGGGCCAGCAGGGCGACCAGAGCAUGUGGAACGCCAAUGGCCAGCACGGCGCUCACAGCGACCAGAGCAUGUGGAACGCCACAGGCCAGCAGGGCGAGCAGGGCGAGCAGAGCGACCAGAGCUCGUGGAACGCCACGGGCCAGCAGGGCGACCAGAGCAUGUGGAACUCCCAAGGCGAGCAGAGCGACCAGAGCUCGUGGAAUGCCAAGGGCACUCAGGACGACCAGAGCUUGUGGAACGCCAAGGCCACGCAGGGCGAUCAGGACGACCAGAGCUCGUGGAACGCCAAGGCCGCGCAGGGCUAUCCGGACGACCAGAGCUCGUGGAACGCCAAGGCCACGCAGGGCUAUCAGGGCGACCAGAGCUCGUGGAACUCCAAAGGCGAGGGUGACCAAGGCUCGUGGUGGAACUCGAAGGGCGACCAGGACUGGUGGCAGCGGGACAAAGCAAGCCAAGGCUCGUGGGACUGGAGCUGGGGCAAGGACACCGAGCCUGAGCCUGGAAGCAAAGCGUGGCGCGAGCUCCGCGACUCGGACCUCGCUGGCGCACAGAAGAAGCGGGAGGCGGGCGCGACUUGUGCCCUUGGCGUUGUGGCAAGCUACAUCCCUGAGAAGAAGUGCGGCUUUAUCGAGUGCGACUCUGUCAAAGCAAGCCUGGGGCAGCAGGUCUUCAUCUACGGGGAUAUCAUGACCCGGGGCCUUGCAGGCCCAGGUGACUUGGUGGCCUUCUUUCUGCACAUGUCGAGCAAAGGAAAGGCCCAGGCCUCUCAUCCCCUGCUGCGCCUGGCCACCGGUGUGGACGGGACCUAUGCUUUGAAGGGGACCUUCCAGGCGGCCAGCGGUUUGUCCAGGGCUUGCGUGGUCUGCGAGGAGAUCCGGAAGUUCUUCGGAUGCGAGGCCUGCGUGCACGAGGCGCUGGCCGCGCAGCUGGGCCCGGACACCGUGGUGUCCUUCAACGUGAUCCUGAACGCUGAGGGCCAGCCGGAGGUGCACGACGCCGUGCCCUGUGGCGACGCCUGGCAGCCGCAGCCCACAGUCAUGGACCAGGCCGCGCGAGGGAUGCCGCACCCGGCGGCGGAAUCCGCGCCGGCGGAGGCGGAGGCGCCGAAGUUGGGCGGUGUGCCGGAGCCCGCGCUGCCGCCCAAGGCCAAGAAGGCGAUGCCCUUGGCUUUCCAGACGGGGGCGAGCGGCAAAGGUAAGGGUGGCAAGGGCGGCAACGGCGGCAACAAAGGAGAUCUAGACGGCGCAUGGCUAGUGGGACGAGUGAAGUCAUACAGCGACGUUAACAAGUACGGCUUCAUCGAGAGCGACGCGGUGAAAGCCGCGUGUGGCGGUGACAUCUUCAUGCCCGCAAUUCAGUUCGUAGACAAGGGCAUUCGCAUCGGCGACACCGUGCAGGUCCAGGUGAAAAUCAACCAGAAGGGUAAGCCGCAGGCAAAUCAGGUCCUGCCGGCGACAUGAGCCGAGUCCCGAGUCGCGAGUCGUGAGUCGCGAGGCCGAGACGACGCGUAGUUCCGGCGGCUCAUUGGGUAUGGAGUUUAACUUCGCGCCUCGCGCAGGAA